AUGGAUCAUCAGGGCAGGCCACCAGGGCGCCGGCUGCCAGCCGCCAGCAGGGCAGUCCAGGCGAGGGCGCCGGCCAAGGAUGCCAGGCCGCCGGCUGCUGGCCGCCAGCACGGCAGUCCAGGGCACCUCUGGCAUCCGGGGGGCAGGGCCGCCGUCUCCGCCGGGCGCCAAGGUGGGGCGGGAGCGGGUGGGAGGGGCAGGGCCGGGGCACCGGGGUGGCCGCGUGGGGCCCGCCCACGGACGGGGUGCCUGCGCCAGGUCGUCCACACCAUGGUCGUCGAGAUGCACGCCGGCCUCGCCUCCGACGGUGGCAGCAAGCUCAAGAUGCUGCUCACCUUCGUCGACGCGCUGCCCACCGGGUACAUAUGGCACCUCUCCGCCUCCCUCCCCCACCUGCCUGACUGCCUGCCUGCCUCCCUGCGGCAGGCCGUUGCCUUCCGCCAUGUGCGGCCUCGCGAUUCCCUGAUUUGA